AUGGAGAAGGUGUUAGAUAGCGAAGUCCCAGCGGCUGUACCGAAAUGGAAGAAAAUUGUGAAGACAUCAUUUCUUAUCUUUACGUGGAUUUGUCUGGGUUUGACUUUAGAGAUAACUGGACCCACCCUGAAGGACCUAAGGCUGAAGACAGAUGGUAGUUAUGAGGAUGUGAGCAGGGCUAUAUCCGGGCGCAGUGUAGGAUUCUUUAUUGGGGCAGCCAUCGGAGGGGUCCUGGUAGACAAGCUACAUCCAUUUUGUAAUCUCAUGAUUGCAAUCUGUCUAGACGGUAUAGCUGUAGUAACAACAAUAGCCCCAAACAUGACCAGUGUCAACGUUGUUUGGGCCCUUUUUGUUCUGGCUGGGACGUUUGAAGGCGUUAUCAAUAUCUCGGGACAAAAGUUGAUAUUAGACAUGUGGCUGGACAAAGCAUCUUCACCAAUGCACGCUCUUCACUUGGGUUUUGGUAUCGGGUCGUUCAUCGUACCGGAAAUAGCGAAUCCUUUCCUUGCUGAGCCUGCGCCAACACUGAGCUCAUCCGGUGUGAACACAACGACAAAUAGGACUUAUAAUUUUAUUAGUUCUAUGUCAUCCCGUCCGACAACAUUCCAUCCGACACCUACUUCCAAACCACUUUCAACAACGAUAGAAUAUGUGAAGGGUUCUAGGAUCGAAUGGGCGUAUCUGAUAGUUUCUAUCAUAACCGCAGUGACAUCUCUUGUGUUUUAUUUUUAUCAGUAUAAUGAUCGUAAGACAAAAACUAAUUCAACCAAAAAUGAUGACACAAACAUGUCAGAAAAACGUCCCGGAAACCAUGUAGUUAGCCAACAAAAUCGAUUUGUCAAUACAUUGAAAUCCUUUGUAAAGAUAGCAAACCCCGGGAGUUGUACUGGUGGGAGAAAAAUGUAUGGAGUCGUUAUUUUUAUGUUCCUAUUUUUGUACUUCUUUACAGUAGUAGGUGGAGAAAGAAUAUACGGGAAAUUCCUACGAACCUAUGCCAUUGAUGAGCUGAAUUUUAAUGGUGAUGACGCUACACUUUUAAACACGGCUUUUUGGAUAAGUUUUUCAGGGGGUAGGUUUGCUGGCUUUGUUACAGCCAGAUGGAUCCCCAUUCGUACUUUGAUGAUCAUUGAAGCGUGUGGUUGUCUCGUUUCAGCUGCCAUUUUGAAUUUUUUUGCUUACAAUAAUUCAACUCUGCUCUGGGUGUUUUCAAUGCCGAUGGGAUUCUUCAUCGCACCAUUGUUUCCCACGGGUAUCGCUUGGGGUGACUUUCAUGUGGAAAUGACUGGAAUGGCCAUCACGUUUUGUCUGCUAGGGGGCGCCCUUGGAGGGAUGUCAUAUAUGUGGGUGAUAGGAUACCUGUAUGACAACUAUGGCUACCGCACGUUUCUGUACCUUACCGGUGGAUUUGGGGGAUUCAUUGUUCUUUUCGCUUUCAUUCUUUUGUUUAUAGGAUGUGGACAAGGAAACAGAUUUGAGAAAAAGGAGGAAGAUUCUGAAAAUGAAGUUGAAAAUACUAAAAUAUAG